AGGAAGGGUGCACGCCCUGCACUCUAAGAAUUACGACGCCGUUUUUAGUGAAGGCAGUUUGUCGUGUGUAGGAAAGCAGCAGGGUAGCAGUUGAUCUUGAUGUGGUGAAACUGAAAGGGAAAAGCCAAAACCAAAAUGGACGAAAUCACGGAAGUUGUGGCCGUGACGGUGGCCGGUUCACAGGCAGACAAGUACGCUGAUGAUAAGCUCAAUGGCCCGAACAAGAAGAGGCCAGACCUCGAAGCAGCAGAUGUGCAGCCGCCGGCUAUUGUGAAAACUGUCGUGCUCUUUCAGGCACAAGUGCGGGUGAAGAAGUUCUUGCGACAGUUUGGUACAGCCAUAAAAAUUCGUUGUUUUAGUUUUUGUUAUUGCAGUCGUGGUGUAAUUCUGAUUUUGUAUGAAGAAGUUUCAGAUUCAUACAGAAGAAUUUGAAUUUCAUUUUCUUUUCAAGGAAUAAUGAGUACCACCAGUUGUACUAGAAGAACUUCACGAAAACGAAGAAAAAAUAAAUCAAAACGAAUUUCCAACCACGACAAGGUGCUGAUGCGUACGACCUCUACAGGGAAAUGGCGCCCCUUGGGCCUCAGAUGACACUCGGUCUAUAUCUGGCGAGACGUUUGCUGAAGCCCGGAUACGUCAACCUCGGCAAAGAGGCUCUCGCAGUAGCAGCGAUAUUGACAGAGAAAGAGCAUCUUUCAAUGUCGAUCAUAGGUGAUGCCUUGAGGAGAUACGAGAGAUGCUUGAAUAUCGAUCACCCUGCGAUACGAUUGAUGGAGGAAAAAAGCCAUCAGAUCAAGUUAUGUUGGCAAGAUAGAACAAAAUGAGAAUUUAUAGUUUGUCAUGUUGACAUCUUUCUACUGCCAUUAACGAUUUUUUGAAGAUCCAUCAUUAACGAUUUUUUGAAGCUCUUACUUAGUAUCCAAAUAAUCCAUCAUUACAUACAACAAUGAUCUUCUCCUUCGGGGUCACGGAUCUGACAAGAGUUUCACUUCUCCUCCUCUGCUAAUCUCCGUCGAUGCUAUCGAGACCCUAGAGCAUAAGUUCCUUCUCAGGACUAUGGAAGCUCAUCGAGACGCGACUAAGGAAAGCGUGACCCUGUACAUGCGCCGGGCGAUAGAUACAGUUAUCAAGCAGUUUGAUAUGCCGAUUUAUGACCUAGAGGAAUGCACAGGCCGAUUCGAAGGCAUCCUAGCAGACCGCAUUGCAGAACUACAAACAGAAUUCAGUGAGAAACUGAGACUUUUAUGGUGCAAGAUGACUAUGGAUAGGCACCAUGAUAUGUAUUUGCCACGGGUACUUAACCAACAACAUCCACUUUUGGAUAGACUAAACAACGCUUACGCUCGAUGAAUUGAAUAUUUAAAUUAAUUCUGCCCUACAAGUCUUCCUCUUGUUGUUCUCCCUCUAACAGCCGCCGCCAAUUCCUACGCCAUUAAGGAGAUCAAGAAGGUCGCGGAUUUCGAACUCUCGGGUUCUGUCGUGGAUGUCAUGGAUUUUAGCAACAAAUCUCAGAGAGCCAUCAGACAGCGGAAGCAAUUUUUGGAGUCAGAACUAGUCUCAAGGUGGGACUUGCCUCUUCACGGUGUAUUAGGGCCGUUUGAGUAUGCCUUGAAACAGUACAAAAGCGAAUUAGGCGAAAACCAUGUUCAGGUCAUCGAGUUUGAAGCGGAAGUGUCGAAGCUGUACAACAAAUACGAAACGAAAUUCAAUGACGAAAGCGAAUCGAUUGUACUAAUAGAUGCUUUAUUUUUCUAAAAAUGAAGUUCAAUGAACAUGAAGAAAAAGCCUUAUCAUAUAAUUAAAGUAGCUCUUCUUCUAUUUUCGCGCCUUUUCCAAAAAAACAACACUUAGGAACAGCAGAGAGCUGAAAGCUUCACAACAUUCCCAACAAGAUCGUUAAAUCAAUGCCUUACACUCUUUGGCUUUAAAGUUAUUUUUCUAAAAAUGAAGUUCAAUGAACAUGAAGAAAGCGAGUCGAUUAAAGUAGUGUCUUUUUUCUGGUUCUUCAUUUACUAGAAAGGACGAGAUGGUUGGUGUAGUAUGAAUUCACACUUGAACUUGAUCAUGAUCUACUUCUUACUCAUUUUUGCACGACUACAAAUACAAUCCAUAACCUCAAGCACUUGCGAUCCUUCUCCGACAACUCCACAGUGCGACGAACUUAACCGUUUGGAAACUGGCAAAUUGAGCGCGCCUCAAGUGAAGUCGGUGUUGCAACAUUUUGAUCAGCAGGUCGCUCAAAGAAUAGACGAGGCGAAGCAAAAUAUCGAGCAUUGGGGCAACCUGUUCGGGUUCGAUAAGCCCUCAGUCUUGACGCAUACUGGAAGAUUGUGCAGUCCGAGGACGAAGAAUCGGGUACCUCUUUCCGACUAUAAGACGAUGUUGGUUAGGUCAUCUCGUCUAUGUAUAAAUAACAUCACUAUAUUUUUCAGUCAGUCAGUCACAACUCGCACAACCUCUGACGCUCAGUCACUCUCCAAUUUAUUCAUUAGAGAUGAUUACUAGUAGUUACAGCAACUAACAUGACGACCAGAUCUACCUCGACGCGAUCAAACGGCUUGUUGGUGAGGUCCGCCUGUCCAAAUUCGAAGGUGUGGAGGAAUCAACAGAUCAGAAGGCGAUUGCUCGCUACCACUUCACCAGAAGUUACGUCCACGAUUUGAUGGACCUAUUGGAGGGUGAGGAGGCAGCUGCCGCAGACUUAGACGUCUUUCGAACUGAGAUACCGGAUACACGAUACGAGUUCAUCAUAGGCACCACGAAGGAUGACGGACCAGCCAGUGGCCUGGGGAAUUUAGGCUCAGUAAACAAAAUACCAGAGGACCUGAAAAACCAGAAUAUAAACCUGCCGACUGGGUUUAGCAGUACUGAGUCUUUAUUAGAUCUAUCCAAGUAUACAUACUUAUAUAUAAUUAUGAAUAUUUUUUAUGGUAUUCAUCGUUCUUCACUCUUCGUUAUCAUUUUUCCACUCUACUUCUUCAGGUAUCGAGCUCUUCCCUACGGACUCUUACGGAGACAAGUCUUUUGCCGCAAAAACCGAUGCAGUAGGUAAGUAUCUGAAGCUUUCGGGCACUAGCCCUGACGAACUCGUGGCUCCCGCAGAUCACGGAUCGACUUUAGACACUAUGGUAGCCAUGGAGCAAGAGGAGGCUUUAAAAACAGGUCAAAAUUACGAUCAGCGAGUCAGGAGGGACGCAACGGCGACGCAAGUUGGGAGUACUGAGGAUAUAAUAACGAAUGUUUUUAGUUUCAUUAAAAGAAGUCAGCCCUUCGCUUUCCAACUAAAGAAGCUCUUGUUGAAGACAGCUAAGCAACAAUUUAGCAAAAAUUCGAUUCGUUUUCAUCGAAUUCGAUCUCGCACAACUGCAGGUUUCAACACGCUCAAGUCCGCCCUACCCCUCGAUGCAGCCAAGGUCGCUGAGGACGUGACUCAAAUAGAUGCUGGCACCAAAGAUGCGAUUGCGAAGCUGCAUACUGGAUUAGCUUCUGGAUCUUCUGCCGCGUUAGCCAGUGGCGAAGCGUCUGCGACAAAUAACGAGAAAAUCCUAGCGCAAUUGACGCUGCAUGAUAUGUCGUUUUACGGCUUUGGUGGUUGUUCGUUCUUGUGGUCGUGAUCUUGAUCUUGUUGAUAGAGUUGUAGAGUUAGCUCAGUAGUAGAUUUAGUUCAGCUUGAUCCGAUGAUCAUUAACUUUCACAGAGAAGUGAGGUUGAGGAACAAAGAAUUUUUGUAACUGAGCGCUGAUCGUCGAAGUUCUCCUUCCCAGUUCUCCUUCCCUUGGCCGUAGAUAGUAGACUUCUAAUCCUGAGACGACGUGAAAGCCUUUUCCGAACCAAUUUUGUCACAGAAGUUUAGCAGAGCCUUGGCCAGCGCUUGCGACAUCGACCCCAGUCGCAUCAAGAUCCUCGGUUUUAGGCCUGGAAGCAUCAAAGUCAUUUUUGAAAUUCUGCCGUCGGACUCGAACUUAGCCGACGAUGCAGGCCCCAAGCACAGAUACGUGACCACUGUGAGCCACGUAAAGACGAAGAAAGCAUUGCGAGAAGUGGGAGAUGCGGAAAAAUAUGUGUACAACUAACUUCAUUGGCUCAUAGAUGAACUUGACAAUGGAGACUUAGACUUGUAGUCGGCUACCUGAUGUAGACCACUACACUCAAGCAAACAGCUGCAGCAGAAAGUUCUGAGUUCUAGGCUCAGACCGUUUUUCGUUUGCUGUAAAAAGAAUAGCAGUACUUUGGUCCUCUUCCUUAGUCUACCUUAAAUAUUUGGAAAUAGGGAACUCCUCGUCGGCUUUUUCAUUAUUUGUGCGAAAGGCCUCCGUCCAGAAUACCUCUACUUCUCACCCAUCACCAUCCCGUCAAAAUUCAGAGACGACGCCAUUGGCAUGGUUCCUUCGGGUUCCUGUUUUAACACCCUGCGAGACGUCAUGGACCGACAGCAUAGUUCUUUUCGCCGCGACCCUGAUGUUUCUGGUUUUGUGGAGACUACGAGAAUGUCUUUGGAACAGUUGCAUUCCGACGGAUGGGACAAGCCACAGGGGAGGUUGGACAUUCUGCACACGGAUUUGGUUAUGAGCAUGUUGAUGACUUUAAGUAAUAAAGAUGCAAUUAGAUGAAAAUGAGGUGGAUUAAGUACGUUCAACUCUAGAGUACGUAGAGUCACUUUGUUCAUCGUACAUUCAAGCAAGAGACCCAAUGCCUUCACUUCUGCUCUGUCUUGUUCCUCCCCCUCUAACCCCCACGGCGAAGAAAAAACGCGCGCUCCUGGUGGGUUCAUCGAAGAGCGUGAUAAAGCCGUAAGAACUGUUGAGCGUGACGCGGGUGAGUGGUUCGACGAAGAGAGCGGUCAGUGGAUGCGCGCCUCCGGCGCGGGUGCACAAUUGAACACUCAUGUAGUUAAGGGUUUCACACUGGCAUGGCAUUCUACUGAACAAACAUCCCUGACUUUUUUUUCCAGUGGAAAAGAGACUAGGGAUAUUCUGAGGAAUGCAAUAGCGCAGCCUCUAACAUAGUCCACGGCCACGAACGGGAUGUCGACUACAAAGACAUCAACACAGUAGCGGAAAAAGUUCCGAUCGAACUCGUGCCAGAGGAGGUGUUUGAGAAGAAAAACGAGAUGUUUGGAGUGCCUCCACCAGUACAACUGCCUAUCUUAAGGCUCCUUACAGAGUUUCAUUCAUCUUAGGAAGCAUCUUUGCCUCCUUUUCUAAGGGGGAAACGCGUCAAAGAUGCUGCUCCUCAUAAGUAAGGUCUAAGCUUAGUGUUCAUAAGUCUAAGGUCUAAGCUUAGUGUUCAUCAUAAGUGAAUUCUUAAGUCAUAAGUAGUAAGGUCUAAGCUUAGUGUUGGGUGAGGGGCAGAUGAGACCGACUACGAGCUAUGCUACAGCACCAAAAAGUCGGAUCUACGAUAAGAAUGGAGGAAUGUGGACUAAGGUAAGAGAUACAGCUUCUUUUAGCAGCAGUUCAUCUUCUUCUAGUACUGGUGGUACUGGUAGGUGGUCCCCCUGUACUGCGUCUAGUAGCGGAAGUACUUCUACCUCUUGUGGAAGACGACAAGGUCCUCCGAAGGCGGGGUCCUCCAGUAGAGUAUCACGAGAAUCAAACGGAGAUGAGCAGGGAGGGCAGUUGAGGGCAGAACAUCGCAGGACCGCUCUAGUACCAUCCGACGAGCUAGAAGCUAAUGAGAGAGAUAGACCUUCAUCUGUUGACGUUGAACUAAGCGCAAGUGGGAUGAUAUGGAAGGAAGAACAUGCAUGGGCGGGUUGGACAUAGCAACAACAUACGAGUCGCGCUAGAGGACUCGAACUUCAUCAGUGGCGAGGUGAAGGUCACUCUCAUGGAGCAGCCACUCCAAGGGGACUCAGCUGUUGGGUAUUGGGCGGCGUACGGAGCAGAAGAGAGAGAGAGAGAGCGAGCGACGGCUAGAAACUAUCACCGCGGAAUGCAGGAGACCAGAGAGAGAGAGAGAGAUACAGGGAUACAGGGUCAGGGUGAGAGAGAAAACGGGCAACCGAACUUAGAAUUGACCAACACACAAAAAUGCCCAAAAGGUGACAGAUUACCGUAAACUCCGAAAAGGUUAAGUCUCGCAGAAACGACAGGCAUGGCGAUGCAAGUCAAAAGUUGGAUUCACAAACCAAGCAGCUGCGAUACAAAAAUUUUGAACAAGAGCACACUAGUACAACAUGCAAAAAUACUGGCACUUGUGAACUUCAUAAGAAGUUCAUGCGACAGACUAAACGAAGCUUACGUCUCACAUUCUCUCAAUAGGAAGUAAUAAUUAUAUAUAGCAAAGUCUUGCACUUGCUCUUGCUCUUGCGGGCAACUAAGUUGAUGAAUGAUUUAGAUAGAAAUAGUUCUUGUCAGACAAUGGUGCCACAACACCCAUCUCCGAAUCUUAAGCCGGCGAUGAGGCCUGCUCCUGGGCAGAUGCCUUCGAGCUUUGCCGCAUUGUAUAUUUUGUAUGCCAAUUGCCAAUAUCAAAAUGAAAAUCUUCAACUCCAAUUUCAAAAAUUCCUGUCCAGCAAACUUUGUCAUUCACGACAUUCUAUCUUCCCUGAAAAAAGAAACUUGCUUCUACGGAACCAUCUCUCCACAGGUCGAAGGAGCUCUCCGUCCACCGUCUUUCAAGCACUAUCCCGCACCCAGCACAGACGAUAUGGACGAGUUGCUCAUGGCGCGUCACGUCUUUUUCCGCCCAACGACCGCCCCCGCCGGCGAUCCUAGUGUUGCGACUCCGAUGCCCUAUAGUUCUAUCGCACCCGAAAGAAAAGAAAUUGACUUUGACGAUGCCAGAUUAGAACGAGAGCUAAGGACGCCGUAUCCAAAACCAAAAGCCUAUGCCUUGAACGACGAGAUAGAGGAACCUGGCAAUCGUGGAAUUGUGCGGAAGUUUAACCCCUUCGCAUCUUUCGCCGUAACGCGCUUCCCAGCCAAUGCGCCCAAGCAGGUCCGCGACGCACGACAAUGGGGCACUUUGGCGCAGAUGAAGUUGCGGUCUACGGACGAUGUGUGUGCGGAGUUCAUCCCUGGCUACAAUCCCAAGAUGUUUACGAUGGACUACAAGAACCAGUUGAAACAAAAAGCACAGGCUGAAGCGGUAGCGAAGAGGAAAGAAGAAGAAGAUUAUGAGAAGAUGAUGCUGAAAGUGAGUUUGUUGUUGAUAUGUUGAUAUGGUUUUGCAGGAGUUCUCAUUUUCUUCAUUGUCUCUUUCUACUCCUUUGGAUAGUACAGUGACUCAGAACCCCUGCGGAUUCCAGUAAGAACAUCUCAUUCAUCUCACUUCUUGUUUUCAACAACCAUCUUGUUUUCCACCUUGCUUUUCUAACAAACCCGCGCCAAACAACUAGCAGAAGCAGAGCAAGCAGCAGGCUUAUCUGGUGGAGAAGCCGUUCAUCUCCCGGAUGGCUCAUCCGCAGUCCUUCCAGUUGGUGGUGUUCUGCAUGUGAGUGCUGACGCUGAGCGUGUCGCAUUAGACAACAUGGAGACAGCGCGUGUUCCUUCCGUCGGACCUCACGUGACUACCGAAGAGGCGCAACAGUACGAGGAGAUCGCGAAGUUUCUUUCACAGGCGCCAACAGCAGAGGAGAAAUCAGGCAUGGGGGUCGAUGUUGGUGGGGAUUUUUUCAUUGACAGAAACGACAAAGCUGGUGAUGGCAUUGCACCAGGUAUUGCUGCCUUCCCGUUGGAUCCAAGCAUUAUUCCGCCAGAGGUAUUGCUUCCUGUAGGAGCUGGAGAUGGAGAAGUUGUACCUGCAGGGGAAGAUACCACAGCUACUGCUCUUCCAAAAGAAGAGGACAUCACAUCUUGUCGUGCUGAGGCUGAGGAUGUGAUUCGCGCGCAGACGAAUUUGAGUAACCAAGAAGACAUUGCACAACUCGUCGCUCUCGCAGAACUGGAGUUACAGCUACAACCUUUGAUGCCAGGUGCCACGACGGAGGAGAUUCACAAGGUGAUUCUUGAAGCGGAUGCAGAUUUCUUGGAAGCCGCCCCAGAAGACUACAAUUUGAUGGUGGCAUCGUUGCAGAACGAGAAGAAAGAAGAAGAUGUAGAUGAUGCUGUUCCUCUUGGAGAAAAGGAGGAAGUGGUUGAAGGAGAGAAGCAAGUCGUUGUUGAACGGGAGGCUGCUGGUGGAGAUGCUGCUGCGACAUCGGAACAAGCAGCAGUGGUCGCGGAUGCAACCGAACAACAAGCUGAGCAAGCAACUACGACAGAUGAUCCGACUACUGCGGCUGCUGUGGAAGGAGAGCAGCAGGAUGCUGCAGUACUAGAAAAGCCAGUAACCCCUGCUGUAGGAGAGGAACCGCAAGAUGUAGUGGCCGCAGCUGAGAAUCAAGUCUCGGAGGAUCCCGAAAAAGUUGCUGCUGAUGCUGUAGUUGAAGGGCCAACAACAACCACGACUGCCGUUGUUGAUCAGACCGCGAAGGAGGUUGAUAAAUUAGUCCUUGAUGCAGGUGUAGAGGUGGAGGAGGGUUUGACGCAGGAAGCCUUGCAAGACACAAGAGUCAGUUGGCAUCGCGCGGCCAACGCAGUGCGCAGGUUCUCCAAGGGUGUCCAAGCUCUCGGAAUUAAGCCGGCACCUCCCGCCGUAGUACCGGUUACUACAGAAGAAGUCGAAGUAAAACCAGAAGCAGAGGUAGCACAAGGAGAAGUUGCUGUAGUCGAAGAAGAAGUGGCGCAAAAACCUUCCACACCGGCUGAAGUAGCGGAGGCAGUUGUAGUAGAUCCAGUAUCGCCUCCGGCGGAAGGAGCCGCUGUAACCGAAGCUGCUGAACAAGGGACAUUAGAAGUACAACCAGUUGUAGAUAACUCUGCAGAAACUUCAGAAGUAGUUGUUGUUGUAGCAGAUGUUGAAGCCAGUAGCCCCCCAUCAGCUGCUCUUGUGACUGAAGAGGCUACAGCUGGACAAGCAGAAGGAGAGGCUCCGACUGUGGGCGCAAAUGCGCCUGCCACCGAUAUGGAGACAGUUGCACGAACGGACGUCGAUGUCUCAAUAGCGCUUACUGCAGCUAAGGCAGGAGAACCGACAUCCGAGGUAGCAGAGGCAGAUAGUAAACAGCCAGAAGAAGCAGCCACUGCGGAAGGGGAACUCGUAGGAGGGACGAAAGAUGCCGAAGGGGAGCAGCUAAAUGCCGGCGAAAAGGAAGGUGGAGACGCUUCAGCCACAGUGGCAGCAGCUGCAGCAGAAAACGCUGAUGCUGCUGUUCUUGCAGAUGGUGCUCCUAAGCAAGCUGACCCUGAACAGGAAACAAAGGAAGCUGUUCCAGUAGUCGAGGGUGACGCAGAAAUAGAACAAACACUAGAGGCAAAGGAGAAACCAACUGUCACUGAAGAGGAUCAAAAACCCAGUGGAGAACAAGAGGCAACAACAUCUCCUGAUCAACCACAGCAAGGUCCUUUGGCAGAAGACUCUGAAUGGGUACUACUUUCGCCCUCUGAUGCUGUUGAACCAUCAGCCGAACAAGCUUCGCCAACGCCUCCUGCCCAGGCAGAACAGACUGAAGACGACUUUCUUCUCGCCCAAUUCGAGGCUCUCAAGAAUCAGGUAAAAGAAAAGCUAGCGCCAGCAAUGGUCCUUGACAGCAAUAUUGAAGUGGACGUCGUCACGGGUGAAGCCUGGGGCAAGGCAGCAUCGUCUCCAGCUACAUCAUCGCCGCGCGGGUCGGUCCUUGAACACGCAGAACAGGUGCAGGCUGGUGUUCCGACCGAGGAGGUGAAGGAUGAAAAAGCCGAUGCUGUCGUAGAAGAAGACGUCACUCCGGUUGUGGCGGACACUACUAGCGUUGUUCCGGCGACGGAGAUUGAAAAGUACGUAACAGAUCUGGUUGUGCAACAAGCUGCAGCCGCAGUGGGAGAGGCUGAACAGGAGAUCAGGCUGGUAGUAGUUCCAGGAGAUCAGGCUGAAGCUGCUGUCCCUGAGCAAAAAGGAGCAACAACGGGGGAAGCAGUAGUUGCAGUAGAGGAGAAGAAGGAUGCAGACGCCGCUGUCCCUGAGCAAAAAGGAGCAGCCGUAGCAGUAGAGGAGAAGAAGGAUGCAGACGUAGAGAAAGAAGGCGAACCUGCUCCAUCAGCAGAAGCAAAAACAGAGGACGUUGUACCAGCCCCUGACUCUGCUACUGCAGCUCCUGAUGCGCCGGUCGUAGAAGAAGCACCAGUUGUCGAUGCACCAGUCGUAGAAGCACCAGUCGUAGAAGAAGCACCAGUUGUCGAUGCACCAGUAUCAGACGCAGCUGCUUCUCGUGCCUCAUCCAAACUGAAAGUCAAAGGUCUAUGGCAUGCUGUUGCUGCCAGUCGUCUAAUGAGUAAGUCUCGGGAAGUAUCAAAAAGGCGAUCGAUCGCUGCUGCCGCUGCUCAGUCCGCCGUCCAAAGUGUGACAAUAUCAGCAGCGCGUGCUGCAGCGGAGGUGGAUGCUGUUGCUGCAGAUUCUGCUUCCAAAGAAAGUGCACCAGCUGCGCCAGACGUAGAGAAAAUGUUGACCUCAGGAGAUGAAGCGGUAGAUCCUGGCGCUAUUAUCGUUCCUACGUCAGCUUCGGGUGCUGCUAUUGUCGUCGAAGAAGCAGCUGCUUUGGCUGUGGUGGAAGUAGUUGCCGAUGGUUCAGCUACUGAACAAGUGAAAGCAGAAGUACUAGAAGGAGUCGCUGCUGCUAGUGCUGCGGUAGCGGAUGGAGACCCAGUUGCAGGUGAACAGGCUGCUGCAGAAUCAGAAAGCAAGCCUGUGGAGGGUGGAGAGGCAGAAGCUGUAUCCAAGGAGGAAACUCAGAAGAAAGAACCGCAGGAGGAAGUACCACCUACAGUAGAAGGUGUAGCUGCUUCUGCACAACCUCCAGCAGAGGGCGUUGCACCUACGGAAGAGAAAGUAAACGAUGCUGGUGAAGAACCGAAGUCUCCAGUUUUAGCUGAAGGCGCUGAAUUCUCAAAGGAAAUCGCUCUACUGAAAGAAGCAGAGUCUCUUCUAGCUGAGUCACCAGAGAAGGCGGCCGGGGAAACAGCGGAAGUUGUCGCAGAUGCAUCAGCAGCUGCUACUGAUGAAACGGUAAAAGCAGACGGUGCUGGAGGAGAAGAGGCGCCCAGUGCUCCAAAGGAUGAAAAGACUGAACCUAAGCAGCCUGUUGUAGAUGGUGAAACGAAAGCUGAGGGUGAGGCUGCAACUGCGGAACCGGCAGCAGAAGCGAAAGACGCCACUGCCCCAGAUGCUGCGGUUCCUACGGAUGGCGUAGCAACCAGCGCUGAAGCUGGUGGUGAAACAAAGCCCUCAGAUGAGGCAUCCUCAGAAACUAAAAAAGCCGAAGACGCGCCUGCGAAAGAAGGAGAUGCUGUUGCGGCUCCAACAGAACCUCCAUGUGCGGAGGCUGCCGCGACUGAGUCAUCUGCUGUUCCUGGAGCUGAUGUAAACGUGAAGAAAGAAGAAGAUAGUGCUCUUAAAAAGGGCGAGGAGGUAAAAAAGGAGCCGGCAAAAGCCGAGCCAGACUCAUCAAAGCCAACGACCGAGGAGACGACGCAAGACGCAGCAAAGCCGGAAACGCCAGAACAAGUAGUCAAAAAUGAGACUGAGAAGCCUGCAGUGGGGGAAAGGAAGUCAUCGUCCAAGGAGUCGCCAAGUAAAAAAGCCGACUCUUUUAAAAAAGACUCUACAUCAGCCAGCAGCCCCAGCAAACCAGCAAAGUCCUCAGGGUCUAGUCCAGCUCCUAGUACCAAAAAGCAAAAAGCAGCACACGCAUCCCCUAGUGUGAUGAAAUCACCCGACAUUAGUCCAAGUCUUGGUUCUACCGUGACCAUGUCUCCAGAGCAUAAACAAGGUCUGGAUACGGUACGCACUGUGGAUACUCAAGCAUCUACGAGGCCUCAGACCAGACAGAAGGAGACUCGAUUUCGUGAGGGAGAAGACAGCACCAUUUUGUACUCGCCAAAAGGCGGUCAACAAGCUGGUCCAGCAAGCUCAGGAUACGAUGACAUGAGUCGACCGACGACGAGUCAUAGUACCACUAAGGGCGGUUCCUCUACUCAUAGGAGUUCAAAGUCUUCCAUAACGUCCGAAGCUCCUGGAGGUGGAUCAUCAAAGGUAGGAGGAGCUGUUCAUCGAGCGGGCAGCGGCUCCCGCAGUCCUGGCCAUGCAGUGAAAACGCCUGCGCGAGGUACUAGUAGCGGUAGUCGUAGUCCUCCCGGUCGAGGGCGUGGUCGUAGCACAAGUCCAGGCGUCCAUAGCACAGGCAGUUCUCCAAUCCGCAGUAAGAGUCCGCCUGAAGCCGAUAUGACGUACAGAGAGGGCUUAACCAGUUGGAUCGGUAUGCUUGCGGGAAUUGAGGGCAGUGGUUUACGCGGGCCGAUCACUAUGGCAGACAGUGUCCUAGAUCUACCCGCAAAGCCGCCGACUGCAGUGCAGGGCGGCGGGCGCAAGCUGAAGAGCUUCGAUAACGACGUAGAGUAUACAGCUGACGAGCAAAGAUUGCGCUCUCUCUUAUGGUCAGCUUUUUCCCAUCAUUCUCGGCAUCUUGGUCCCCUACUUCCCUUGGGAAUCAAUGGGGUCAAGAUGAGGGGACCGAGAUGGAUAAAAGCUGGCUCUAACUCUCGUUUCGCCAGCCUACGUCCGACAAGUUUUGCGGAAUAAACUAGUGGGCAUUGGGCCACCGUACAACAACUUGUUUGGUGCGGGAGGUGCAAGAAAAGACGCGAAGAAGCAGGAUGCACAAGGAGUCGGCGAUUGGAGCUGGAACAAGACGAAUAGCGCAAAGCAAGACAAAACGGAUUGGAAUAGGAGUUACCAGCACGUGCGAACGGCAUUCGAUGGUGUUGGAGGUCGAGGGAAGCUCCCACGACUCAAAUUGGGUCCAAAGCCGAUGAUGGCGACGCCUGGGGCCCCGACUCCAAGCGCACCUGCUACUGGUGGCAUCCGAGGAGGAAUCAAAGGUCGCGUAGUUGCAGGUCCACCAGGACGUGCUCUGCGAGGCCGUAAAGGAAAUAAACCAAGAGGUGUUACUGGAGACUCCGAGCCUGUCCCAAUCGGGCGAACCAUGCCAGACGCGGAAGGUGCUAGUCGUCCCACGACUAGUCCAGGCCAGAAACGUCAAGGCACAUCCUCUUCUGGCACGCCUAAACAAGACCAACUACGAGGUGGUAGUUCACCUUCAGCAGGUGCUAAAGGACCACAAGCAGGUACUCCUAAGGACAGUCCAGGAAGUAGGAAGGGUAAAGGGGGAGAGAAGGCGGGAGAGAAGUCACCCUCAAGAGGACGUGGAUCACCAGAGGGAAAAGCGAAAUCCUCAGAGUCGUUAGGCAGUGGACAGUCAGAUGAUGCUAAGGCAGGAACUGCGGCAGAUGGUGCUGCACUUAGUGGUAGCCGUGGAGGAUUGGACGAGCAACAAGAAGCUCUAGCUAGGAGUAGACCUGGCACUAGCGACGCAGUCGCAGAUGGUGCUGCAGGAACAACUGACGGAGCAGCAGGUGGUGCUGACCGAGCAGCAGUUGCUGAUGGUACUAAUGCUGCAGGAACCUACCCCGAUCCACGGCAGUCACCUUCUGCGCAGGAUCGUGUCGAUGGGCCAGAGGCGUUUUCUGCUUCCUCAUCCUCUGAAGCGGAAGCCGGAGACAAAGCCGUCCAUAUUGCUCUGGAAGCAGCAUUUUCUGGUGCUGUUUUGUUUGAUAACUAUGUUGGCGGCGAUCAGGGGAAAGGUGGUCAACGACUUGAUGAAAAUGGUCAACCUCUUGGUCCUACUAGUGAAAAUCUGUUUGACUUCGGACGUAGCGGUACUGUUGGCGUUGAUGGCGCAAUCGUAGGAGGUAGUGAUCAUUUUGGCAUUGGCCUCGACGAUGAUCCAGCUGACGGCCACACUUACGUGGUGUUACCUGCAGGUAGUGGCGAAACGAUGGACGAAGGCGAGGAAGGUGCACCAGAAGCUGCCUUGCUCGACCUCCUAUUGGGGGAGGCAAUACAACAGCAUUUGGCCGGUUCCGUUCCUUCCCCUGUACAACUAGGUGUGGAACAUGAGCGUGAAGUAGAGGCUGAACUAGCUGAUAGACUGGCUUGCGAUCUCUUGACCGCUGUUUUAAGUUCCCCAGACACCUUGGAUCAGACCGAGACCUUGGAGCAGAUCCGACCCGCGAGAGCGAAGUCAGAGUCUUUGGAAGUAGUAGCUGAGGUGACGGUGGACCGUGCAACCGAUUUUGCUGUGGAAGAAGUUGUGUCGAGGGACGAAGGACCACUCAUGUUGGAUAGCAGCAAAGUCGAAGUAGAGCCGGAUGCUGGGGAUCGAAGUCCAUCAGAACAAGCUUGCGCAGUACCGGAUUUAACAACAUCUGCGGCAUUGCCUCUGUCGCCAAUCCAGAAGCGCAUUCUGGAAGACGAUACGAUCACAUUGGACGAUCAUAAGAGCAGUAGUGGACAGGAUUAAACGGCGUGAAUACACCCGGUUAUUCACACGUAUACAACGACAUGGAUUAUAUUUGCUGUUAAUAUUGCACAAAAUGAUAAAGGCAUGAUGAAAUUAACUUGCGGUCAUUCUAUCGGCAUUAUCAAAUUCAUAAGUGUAAAGGAGAGUCAGUGACUCAGAUGACAACAUCGAUGAAUAGUAUGAACUGCAUCAGCACGUAUUGCAUGAGCAUAAGCAGAACUUAAAUUGCUAGCACUAGUAGUUGAAUGGCGUUUCUUACAAAAAGGCAUUUGCACUAGCAACAUUCUGCUAUCCAAUUUUCUCUCCAUACAUCGAGAUCGAUCUGAGCUUGUAUUUCCUAUACUUCAGUUUGAUCAGCAUUCCGAUUCCAUCAUGGGACGUAAAUAUGUCUUUCUUUGAUGAAAAUGCCUUCAAAAUUGCAAAUGAUUUUCAUACGUCGACGAUGUUUUCGCAUUCGUUGUCCACUAAGCCAACUGCGCAGUUGGCUUAGUGGUUUAGGCGUUGGCCUGUUCACUUAUCAGCUUCCAACUGUCUAAGUAUCAAUUUGACCAUUUACCAACAUAAAAGAAGUGUCUGAAAAUCUACAACAGAGGCCGUCUAUCUAGUAAUCCGAUAUCAAGUCAAGAGAAUCAGAAUGUAAAAAUGCUGACUUAUUGAAGAGAGAGCGUUCUUAUGUUAUUAUCUUCUGAAGAUCGACCAAGAAUUACACCGUCUAAAUUUUUUUGCUUACAAUAAACCACACGAAUGCAGUACACAUUUGAUUUCAGUUCUUAGCUUUCCGUCGAAAUUCAUUAAUUCAUUUAUUAAGUAACCGCUAUUAUGAUCAACAAUGAAAAACCACUAAGAUAAAAAUCGAAUUUAGCUUUUGAGGUACGCAAUUUACCAACAUGUCAUCAAAAAACGCAACAACUCGAACUCCCCACUUGUUCCCCCCCCCGAUUACUGCUACGUAACAUCAUGUAUACAAUAACGUAGGAUGUACCCCCCACGACUACUAGGUAGCAUGUACUAAAUAGAAGGUACGAUGUGCACCCAACAACCAGUGGUGCAAUAUUGACCGCUUCCCCUUCCACAUGUACCACAAAAUCGUAGCUGAGCACAAGGAAAAACGUCGAGAAAUACGAGCUGGUGAAAUAUAUCGCCGUCAAUAGAAAGAAUACAACACCAGGAGCAAGC